AUGUUCUGCUCAGACGGAUGCACUUUUCCGGAAUCUGAAAUACGGCCAUUCUUUUUUGAAGUUCUUUCUGAUGUUCCUGUAGGGACCGUUGUUGUUGAAACUACAGUAGAACCAAGAAAUGCUCAAAUAUUCCUAGCUUCGGUUAGAUCAAACUUGGAGUCCAAUGAGAACUAUACUUCCCACCUGACCAUUCAGUCAAGCAAACAGGGAAGGUUCAAACUCUUGACGACAGAUCUUCUGAGAUUGCCAGAGUAUCCAUCGUCUGACGACGAGGCUUAUCUCUACGUCACUGUUGUUUGUAACCAAAAACCUUAUCCUCUAAUCACAGUCAACGUGAAAGCAGCUAAUACAGCUCCUCCUCAGUUCUACGAUGAGCCAUACUCCAUAAAUAUUCCAAAGGACUUGCCCGUUGGAACUGUCGUCAAUAUACCUGCUGUAGCCAUCGACUGGGACCCAUCACCGGCUUACAAUGUGACUUAUACUUUAGAGGAAAAUAGAAUGUUCUCUUUAGUCCAAACAAAAAAAAAGAUAUUACCUAAAGACUCGCAAGGUAUGGAGGAGUGGACAGAUGAACAGAAACCUCCUAGGCUCCAGCUGAAAGUACUCACCCCUCUUGUUCUUCCAACUAACGUCACUUUGAUUGCAACGGACAUUGGUGAACCUCAAAAAACUACGUCGGCUUUCAUUACAAUAACUGAACAGAAAAGCAAAGAAGAAGAAGAAAAAAUUGAAAAAAAAGUGGAAGCAGAGGAGAAUCACUUCAAAGCUCGAGCUUCCAAAAUUCACAAAGCGGUACCACUUCGUUUACCAACAGUAGAAGAUGUCAAUGAUCAAGAUCAACCUGUGACUUUCAGUCAAUGUCAUGCAGCAGCUAUUUUGAAAGAAAAUGUGUCCAAUGGUACAUUUGUGACUAAAUUAGAACUUUUGAACAAAAAAGAGGAUACAAUUAUUGGGCUAGUCGAUCCAGAAGGAACGUUCAGCCUGACCCAAGACGGAGAAGUAUACGUACAGGAUAACAGAAUUAUCGAUAGAGAAUUAUUCUCAACAAUAGAAGUAGUAGCGGAGAUCCAGAAUCCUCCAAAAAUGUCAAUGUGCAAACGCAUUCGUUUGAGAAUUGAUAUUCACGAUGAAAAUGAUAACCGACCAGUUUUUGAAAAAGAAAAGUACUGGUAUCACCUUUCCGAUUCAAUUGCUGAUGGCACAGAAUUCGCUACUCUUAAGGCUCGAGACAUCGAUGAGGAUGAGAAUGGGCAUGUAUCCUAUAGACUGAUGAACGCUUCAAGCAUACCGUUCCGCUUGCAUUUGCAUGGCCGAGAUGCUGUUCUGACAACCAAUGGAUACAUAGGCGAUUCCGAAAUUUAUCAUUUGGAAGUUGAAGCUCAUGAUCAUGGAGUUCCAUCGAGAACCUCGAUAGCGCCGAUUGAUGUAUAUGUUAUCUCAUCCAAACCUAAAACCACUACACCGGCAACUGUUAAGAAAAAUACUGAAGAAACUGUGCGAAAAGCAGAGGAGAGAAACACAAACACUAUUGAGCCUGUAGAGAAAAAGAAAACUAUUUCUCCAACAACCACCGAGCGAAUAACUACAGUGAGACAGGAAACCGUCCCUGUAACAACAACACCUAAGCCAACUACAGAAGCUCAAAAUGAUGAGAAGUUAUCAUCAACAACAGAGGCUCCUCAGAAACGGGUUACUGCUCCAAGACAACAGGCUGCACCUCAUUUGGUCAUAAAUGAAAUUAUCACCCGUGAAGAUACCGCUGAGUCCGCUGAAUACAUUGACGAUGAUGAGCUCAAAGCAAGUGAGGGAUUCGGUUUCACAUCCAAAAACUAUUACUAUGAAGUGUUUGGUGAUCCAACAGAAGAUGACGUCAUCGGUAGAGUUGUCGCAGAACCAAACCCACAGAUGUAUGGAAUCGAUAAGCAGGUUAAUGGAAUUUUCAAAGUUGAUGCUGAUAUUGGUGAAAUUUCUGUGGGAAGACGAUUGUAUAAUCAGCCUGCUGGGAACAUUUCUUUCUCAGUGUCUUCUACGAACGGAAUUCGAACGGCCGAAACUGUGGUAACUAUUUUCUAUGAUCCAAGUCAGAAGAGAAAUGGCGGAGUUCCUCGGUUUGAUCAAACUCUCUAUAAGUUCAGAAUACCUGAGAACACGCCUCCUGAAGUUAUUGGAAUUGUUCGAGCUUAUCACAUCUCAGCUGGACAACAUUCAGAUGAUGACACCCCCAUCAUUAAAUACGAUAUCGUUUCUGAAAACGCAGAGCUUCCAUUCUCAGUUCAUCAGAUAUCUGGUGAGGUGGCGAAUGAACGAGAAUUCGAUCAUGAACAAGCAGCCAAUUACGAAUUCAGAAUCAGGGCAUGUUUAUCCAACAAUGAAGACCAAUGUGGCUUUGCGAGAGUUUUGGUAUCUAUCGAUGAUAUCAAUGAUAACUCGCCUAGAUAUGAAUCAUCACUUCAACAUGUUACACUCCCUUCCGACCUUCCUGUUGGAUCUGAAGUUGUCAGAGUGUCAGCAACAGAUUUAGAUUCGGGUAGUAACGGACAAAUCGCUUAUGCCAUCACACCACCGAGCACAACAUUUGCCAUAGACUUUGAUACUGGAGUGAUUGUAACCAUUGCUUCAUUAACUAGCUCAAGAUACAGCAUCCUGGUUGAAGCUUUUGAUCAUGGAACUCCUCGCAGAUCAGAUGUAACGGAAGUACGAAUUGAGGUUCAUGGAACCAACCCCUCUGCUCCUGUUUUUGAGAAGAAAACAUAUGAAGCUCAGCUCACGUCUCCCGUUCGAGCAGGAUCUGUUGUUGCAAAAGUUAAGGCGUCUGAUCCUGAUCCAGGACCAGAAGGAAAGAUUACAUAUCGGUUUGCUGCCACAGAUGAUCCACAAAUCAAACAGUUCCUAUCCAAGUUUGCAAUCAAUGAGAAUACUGGAGUAGUUUCUGCUAUUGAACACAUGACAGCUAGAGAAGGACCAUUUGAUUUUGAGAUUGAAGCUUCUGACGAUAGUCACACGUUCAAUAGAAGAACAACUUGCAUAUUACACGUCGAGAUCCUUGGUCAAUCCUCUAUUAGGUUUCUGCCCCUUCCUGUUACUAUUUACAUCUCUACAGAAAAGGCUAUUGGAAGUGUAGUCCUAAGAGCAUCUGCUUUCUCUAACUCAAACUCUCCUAUUCAAUUUAAAAUUUUGGAAGAGAACUCUCCUUUUGUUAUGGAUGGAGACCUUCUUCGUGUUGCGGCUCAUCUCUUCCCUGGUAAAAACAGAUUGACAGUGAGAGCUGAAGCUGAUGAAGCUCAUGUGGAUCAUCAACUGGUUAUAGUAAUUAUGUCUGACAGAGACAAAUAUCCAGUUUUUGCUCAACUGACAUACGAUUUUGAUAUCUCGCAAGAUGCUCAUUUCCCAUUAACAAUUCAUCGGUUUGAUGCUGUUCUUCAGAACGGAACAAUCAAUUAUGAGUUCUUCCCAGAGGAGCGUAGCCCACACGGGCUAUUACUUGACGAACUAACGGGAGAAUUGGUAGUUACAUCUGACUAUACCAAAGAAAACUCCAAUCAAGACCCGGUGUUCGUUGUUGUACGCGCUCGGAAUUCGAAGUUCACUCAGUUCUACUCAGACGUUGGGAUUUCCUUAUCUCUGGUUAGACAAAAGGCUAGUCACAAGUUUUCUCAAUCUGUUUAUCGUGUUGAGUUGAAAGAAAAUAGUCCGAUUGGUAGCAUAGUUGGUCAUCCCCUGGAGGUUUUCCCGAAAGAUGAUGAUGUCAAUUUCUCUUUUGUUCCUUCAUCUUGGUUUGGAAUCUUCAAAAACGGUUCAAUUUUUGUGGCACAAGACGUAGAUCUCGAGACUAUGCCUGUCGAUCAAAAUGGCUUAAUUACUUUUGUCGUUGCUGCGGAUACACCUACUGGACGAACUACAUCCAAGGUUCAGUUCCACAUUGCGGAUGAGAACGAGUUUUCACCCACUAUGGAAGCGGAACUACAUGGACAUGUUAGUGAGGACGCCACGCCUGGGUCGACAAUCAUGAAGAUUAAGGCUGUUGAUCGAGAUUUCACAGAGGGAUCUCAUCUGCUUUAUAAGAUUGUUGGAGGAACAGGAAAAAAUUUAGUUUUCAUCCAGGAAGAUGGAACUCUUAUUCUUGGUGAAACGCCUCUAGAUAGAGAAGAGCUUACGUAUUUCGAUGUAAAUGUUGAGGCUAUUGACAAGGGUGGCAACAAGGCAUCCACCACAGUUAUAAUAGAAGUUGAUGAUGUGAAUGACAAUGCUCCUGCUAUUCCAAAUCAACCUCUUGUUUGGAACGUGACCGAAGGAGUACUUUCAUCAUCAUUUGCUAUAGAAGCGUUAGAUAAGGAUAUUGGCAAGAACGGGCUCGUUAGGUUCCGUAUACUUCAAGGAAACGCUGAUGGAUUUUUCCGUAUAACUGAUGACGCUCCUAACAAGGCUUCAAUCCAUCUUCUUCGUCCUCUAGACUUUGAAGAUUUUCCAUCUCAUCAACUUACAGUAGAAGCUAGAGACGGCGGGGCACCGUCGCAGUUUGCGAUUUUCCCCGUCACCGUUAACGUACUAAAUAUUAACGAUAAUGCGCCUACAUUCAAACAUAAAAGUUACACCCAGAAGGUUCCAAUCGAUCUGCCUAUAGGAUUUCCAGUAAUAACUGUUCUUGCGGAAGACGUUGAUGGUGAUCGCAUCGACUAUACCGUAAGAGGAAUCGGCUGUGAUGUUUUCAAAAUGGAUCCGACUGGCGUGAUCAGCUUCCACAUUCCUAUUAAUAAACGCCGAACGGGUUCUCUAAAAUGUACAGUUGAAGCGUCGGAUGGUCAACAUGUUUCAUCUGUUGAAACGGAGCUUGAAGUUUACACCACAGCUCAACCUACUGUCCCUACCAAUCGUAAUCAUGCUCCUGUGUUUUCUCAGCAAACUUAUGAUUUCUCACUACACCCUGAGGACAAAAUUGGCAAAACGAUAGGAAGUGUUAGUGUACAAGAUCCAGAUGGUGAUGCCGUUUUGUUUUCAAUAAAGCCUGCAGAGUACCGCAAUCUUUUUGAUAUUAAUGACAACGGCGAAGUUCUUCUCAAAGUAGAUCCAUCUGAGUUGAGUCAGAAGCAGUACAGCUUCUUGGUUCGGGCAGAAGAUUGGGGACCACCGAUUAUGACUGCUGUCGCAAAUAUCCAUGUUCAUCUUGUUGGGUUUGAAGAACGUGUUGUGGAAGGUGGCAGAACAACUCCUCAACCUGCUCCAAUACGUCCUUCCCAAGAAGUAUCUGCUAGUCCCACUGUGCGACAGCACGAAGAACUUCAAACGUCUGAAAAUAUCAUACCGACAUCGGCUAAAGUAACUGAGCCAACCACAACCAGAACAACUCAAAAACCAACUACGUCAUCUCCUCCUGUAGUCAAGUUUACUCGAUCGGCUUACAUUUUCUCCCUUCGUAGCGAUGCCCCUGUCGGAACAUAUCUUGGCUCAGCACGCUUAACAUGGAAUAAGGAUAUCAAACUUUCUCUCCAGAGUGGAAAAUAUCUUUCUGUUGACUCUGAAGGCCAAAUAAGAACUGAUGCUUCUUUCAGUGAUCAAAAAAUUCAAAAAGUCGAUGAUAUCAUUAUAGCGACUCAUCAGGGCGUAAGAGUAGCUGAAGCAAUUGUGAGUCUUCAUCUGAUUCUUACUGCAACUCCAAUCCCCAUUGGUGUCGUUGAUUCGUCUACUGAAAAUUUAAUAAAACAGUCCGGUGUUUCUGUAACAGCGAGAAAACCCGUGUCUCAUAAUCAAGAUGUGGACACUGAUGAUGCUGAUUCAGCUGACUUCCAUUUCUCGAAAAAAGUUUAUCAAGCGUUUGUAACGGAAGGAAAAUACUCAAAUGGAAUCAAGCUAGCCUUGAAACCUGAAAACUUAUCUACCAACUUUGCUGGACGAGUGACCUAUUCCAUUGUUGAAAAAGAAGCAUUGCCGUUCUUUUUAACGACGGAAGGUAAUCUCAUGGUGUUUGAUGUUGACAGAGAGAAAAAGGAUAGUUAUAUUCUAAACAUCAUGGCAAAAACGUCUGGUAAUCCAGUUAGGAAAGCUAUGGCUCAAAUAAACGUAGUUGUAUUGGAUGUUAAUGAUAACUACCCCGAAUUUGAUAAUCAUCCUGAAAGCAUAGGUAUUCUUCGGGAUACAGCUGUUGGAAGUACGGUGUACAAAUUCCAUGCUGUUGAUCAAGACGAUGGAGACAGCGGUUCCGUUCAAUUUGGAUGUGACGGAGAUGAGGAUUAUUUCAACAUAGAUGCCUUAGAUGGAACGCUCAUUGUUGGAAAGCCAUUAACUGAUGCUCCUAGUCUUCUAUGGAUAACUGUAGUAGCUAGAGAUCAAGGAAGACCUGCAUUGAGAACGCAUCACAAGGUCUCAAUCAAACUGUUCGAUCCGCAUUCGCCUGCACCAGUUUUACCGAAAAAUGUUGAAACCCUCAGAGUGGCAGAAACUGCUGGAAAUGGAACCCUUCUCACAACUUUGUUAGCAGGACCAAGUAUAUCUAGACGAGGAUAUGAGCCUGUUGUAUACGGUUUAGAAAAGACCCAUAAUGGCCUAUUCGAGAUGCUUUCUGGAGGAAGAUUAAUACUUUCUCGUAAACCAUUGGAUGAAGAACUAGGAUCCGAAUAUCGCCUAAAUGUCACUGCUAAGAACUCGCUAGGAACCGAUAGUACGAUAGUAGUCGUUCUGAUUGAAGGAGAAAACGCAUCAACAUCUGCAUCAACAUCGACCUCCGUUAAACAUACUACAGUCAAACAGAGCGAAUGUGCUUUUGAUCAACUUAUCUACGAAGCGGAAAUUCCUGAGAACUACCGUGAUCGCCACAGAAUAACAACAGUUAAAUCUUCUAACUGCCCUGGUGUCAUUUAUGAAUUGACAGACUCUUCUGAUACUUUCGAAAUUGAUCCAACCUCUGGUGAUGUUUUCUCUGUUCGUCCGCUUGACAGAGAGAGACAAUCUGUCAUCUUGUUGAACGUGAAUCUUUUGGAAGUUAACCGUAGAAAGAGGCAAACUGCUGAGGUUGAAGAUGCCAAAUCUCGACUGACUGCUGGACAAGCUUUAAUUGUGCUGAAAGUUUUAGAUCAGAAUGACAAUGCUCCCGUUUUCGUACAUCUUAACGACGAUCGUUUCGUCGCAACUGUACAUUGGCAAUACAAAGUGAAAUCUGCAGUGUUCAGAGUACAAGCUAAAGACCUGGACGAUCAACCUGAUUUAUCAUACAAGAUUUCGGGAGCCGCAUCUGACGUGUUCUCCAUUGAUGAGAAAACCGGACUAGUCACUCUCUCUAAAAGUGUCGAAAAUGAUCCUAGAACAAGUUUCGAGUUACAAGUAACUGUCUCGGAUGGUGUGUUUGAGACAAAAGCUCCGCUGAUGAUUUUCAAGCUGUCCCCUUCUUCAAACGUCAUAAGACUCACUAGUGAGAUGCCAUACCAUAAAUUGAAGGAGUAUCAAAUUGAGAAAACGUUAAAUCAACUAACAGACAGCGACAGCCGUGUUUUGGCAAAACAAAUGUUUGUAGAUGAGAAAGGACAUCCAAAUGAACAAAAGUCGCAUAUUUUGGUUUAUUCCGUUAAUCGUCAAACUAAGGAGCCGUACCGCCGUGAAUUACUUUUAGACAUGCUUGUACCACAUGCCUCCUCACUUAUGUCAUCACCAGCAAAAAUAUCAGAAGUCUCGCUAGUGGCGAAUGGUGAACCCAUUCUUUCGGCCGUUGAUAUCAUUCUUCUACUCCUUGCCCUGGUAGCUGUUGUUCUUAUUCUUUUGACUUGCUGUUGGCUGGCAACUAUCUGUAAGAGAAAACGUUAUGCAAGUUCAUCCAAAAUUGAGCAUGAAUAUAUGGUUGAUAGUGUUGGGGCCGGCCCCAGACCAUAUGAUGUUGAACAAAUCAGCCGUCAUACUGCCCAAACAGUUUUAUCCAACAGAGCAUUGCCAGAUCCACUUCAAGGAAAGCCAAGCUUUAAUGAUGGAACAAUUUGCACUAAUCGAAGUGACAGUACAAAAGAGUUCGCAAAUAGCGUAAGAGAGAGACCCUCUUUGCUGCAAAGUGCUUUAGCAAGACAUAAGGUUCACGAUGGUGGCCUUGCUGUUUCUGUUGAUUAUAUUGAUGGAUCAGAAGUUUCCAAGAAGUAA